AUCAGAAUUUAAGUUGGAGUCAACAAAGCGAGUACUUCCGUUCCCGGCUAUCGUAAUUCCAACGUGCAAACACAUCAAAAUGGCAUACAAAGGUGGUGCCAAGGUCCAGAAGGUUAUGGUCCAGCCGAUUAACUUAAUUUUCAGGUACCUACAAAAUAAAUCCAGAGUACAGGUUUGGCUGUAUGAACAAGUGAAUCUCCGAAUUGAGGGAUGUAUUGCUGGAUUCGACGAGUACAUGAACUUGGUUUUGGACGAGGCCGAGGAGGUUCACAUGAAGAACAAGACCAGAAAAACUCUGGGACGGAUUCUACUCAAGGGAGACAACAUCACAUUGAUACAAGCUGUGCAAUGAUCUCCCUUUGUCAUCAUCUUGACUUUGACGUUCUCAUUUAAAACAAUCUUGUUGUGUAUAGUGUUAAGGAUAUUCCACUUUAAGUUCUACCAGGGGAUCAAGUGUCGUAGUUUCAAAGAAGAUAUGCGUUGCCUGAAAAUAAUGGACGUAUACUUUUAAUACCUAAAAAAAAAAUCAUCAACACCAGGGCAGCUCUAUAAUAUAGUAUUUAGUAUAAUGUGUUUUUUUGUCACCUUAGACUUAAUGUAAUUUUGUUAUGUAUAAUUUUGUAAAGAAAAAGUUAGCUGUUGUAGUGACUUGAUGUACGAUAGGGUAUAAGAUUUUCAAAGUGUUUGAUCAUGUGUACUAUAUUACAAAUAUUGAUUCUAAAUGUAAAAGAUGUUUUAACAGACCUUUUUAAAGAUUGUGCAAGGCAAGAAAAGGCAGGCCUUUUGUAAAUGGAAGAACAUCAAGAUCAAUUCCACUGACAUUUGUAUCAUGUCAUUAAAAUCAUUGACACGCCAUUGUAAAUAAAUCAUUUUACCGUU